AUGCCCCGCACUGACGAGGCCGAGGCCUUCUUCCACGCCGUCUACACCGCCGUCCAGGAGAUCCCCGCCGGCAAGGUGACGACCUACGGCCACAUCGCCAGGCUUAUCGGAACCCGUGAGUCUGGCCCCUUACACUCCCUCCCCCCCACCCCCCUUCUCCAUCGCGUUCGCCUCGCUCAUGUCAUCUCAGCCGAACGGCCCCGCCAGGUCGGCAUCUGCCUCAAACACCUCCCCACCGACCCGGCCUCGCGCUUCAACAACGAGACCGUCCCGUGGCAGCGCGUCAUCAACGCAAAGGGCACAAUCUCGCCGCGCUCUCAACCCUCCGGCGCCCGUAGCCAGGCCGCCGCUCUCGAGGCCGAGGACGUCGAGGUCUCACAAACGGCCAUAGGCGAGUUUCAGGUGGACUUCAAGACUUAUGGCUGGUUUCCUGAGACCCUCCCCUCUGAGCAGGGUCAGGAGCAGUGA